AUGAUGAAAAGUCUCCUUUCUACAUACAAACAAGUAGACGUUCCAUCUGUGAAUUAUCCUGGAGGGAUUAAUAUGGAAACAUUCCUGCCACGUAGUCGUAAAGACAAGGUAGUGAUUGUUAUGGGCGCAACAGGAACAGGAAAGUCGAGGCUUUCAAUCGACCUAGCGAAAACAUUCCCUGCUGAAAUCGUUAAUUCUGACAAGAUGCAAGUUUAUAAAGGUCUUGAUAUUGCUACAAACAAAGUCACAAAGGAAGAGUGUGGUGGCAUCACCCACCACCUUUUAGGAUUUGUUGACCCUCACGUCGAAUUCACAGCUGCUGAUUUCCAACGUGAUGCAUCACAUGUGGUUGAUUCGAUUGUGGCAAAAGAUAAGCUUCCGAUUAUAGCUGGCGGCUCAAAUUCGUACGUAAGGGCUCUAGUUCAUGAUAACAUUAAAUUCCAAUCAAGGUAUAGUUGUUGCUUUUUGUGGGUGGAUGUUUCUUUGCCAGUUCUUCAAUCUUUCGUGUCGAAACGUGUUGAUAUGAUGAUUAAAGCUGGUCUAAUAGAUGAAGCCCGGAGAUUUUACAACCCACAAUUAAUUAAUAACACGAAAGGGCUUAGACGUGCAAUAGGUGUUCCUGAGUUGGAUCGUUACUUUCGAAACGAAAACAGGGAGAAUCUAAAAGAAGCAAUUGAUGAUAUAAAAGUUAAUACUUGCAAAUUGGCUUCACGCCAGUUGCAAAACAUUUUGAGGCUGCAAAACCAACUUGAGUGGGAUAUGCAUCAUUUGGAUGCGACCGAGGCUUUCCUCGAACAAGGAUUUGAGGCUGAUGCAGCUUGGGAACGUCUUGUGAUUCAACCAAGCACUCUCAUUGUUAGAGACUUUCUUCGCGACGAAAAUGAAGAAAUAGCUCAUAAUUUCCCGGAUAUUAUGACUACAAACUCCAUCAUCCGAGUUCCAUCUUUGACCACAACGGUCAACUCUAUUGCCGUGGCACGCUAG